UUCACACCGGCACAAACCGGAAGUCUGUGCGGUCUUCCUCUCCCCCGUGUUGUUUGUAUCAGUGUUCCUUUUAUUGUUUGUUGUUUAUUUAUCUAUCCCGGUCAUCAGCACAGUCUCCGCGCAGCGCAGCGCGUGCGCCCGGUUCCUCGGUGUGGAGAUGAAGAAGAAGCGCGCGGAGAAACGUCGCCAUGUUGUCGCCUGGAUGAACAAAGCGGAGUGGGAGCAGGUGGUGGAUUACCUGCACUCCCGCGAGCCCGCUUUACAGACGCACGCGCUGCAUAGGAUCACCGCGUGGAAGGGCAGGUUUGGACCCAGUACCCCAGUGGCUGUAGAGAGCACGGCGAACCUGGUGCGCUGUCAGAUUCUGGACCGGAGCGGGAAACUGGAGCGAGAUGACUUGGUGCUGCUGUACGGCUUGGCCCUCACCAGGUUUGUUAAUCUGAUUUUGGAGCGAAAGCAGGGCCGUGUGGCCAAACCGCUGCGACGCCUCGCCAGCACUAUGAAUAUUCCAGAGUGGAUUGUGAAUCUGAGACACGAGAUCACACACCGCAGACUUCCCACGCUCAAAUGGUGCCGCAAAGGGUGCGAGUUUGUGUUAAACUGGCUGCAGCAGCAGUACUGGUCUCGGCAGCUCAGCGGUCUGUCAGACUGGAACUCUUCAUCUGAGGAUGAGGAGGAUGAAGAAGAGAGCACAAGAAGACAAGAGGAGGAAGUGAUGAAAAGACAGAAAGAGAUUGAGAGACACAAGAGAGCGAGAGAGCUGAUCAUCUCCUACGAACGAGAACAGUUCCAGGUGUUUGAGGAUUUGUUGAAGCAGGGCUCAGCGCGAGGUUCAUGGCCCAAUGCCAGUGCUGACCUCAGCUGGAUCCUCGCACAGAUACAACAACUCAACAUGGAGGCCAGAGAUGCUGUGAUCAAUACAUUAGUGCAGGACGGGUUUCUGAUCCCGACUGCAGAGCAGCUGGACUCCCUGAACAUUGACCCUUCAGAGGAGCUGUUGGACCCGUUAGCCCCGUGUGUUCCUCCAGAGUUCCUCCGGUUCUGGUUGCCUCUGCUGAAGGUUGUGAACUCGAGCUCAUUUAUUAAUCAGCUGCUGGAGAAGCUCUUCACUGAGCUGGCCACUGAACCGACCAAUCACAGAGCGUAUUACACUUCAGCCUGGAUCUCUGAGAUUCUCCACUGCAACGGCAGGAAUGAGUCAAAGGCCUUCAGGAGGAUGAGGAUGAUGAAGGAGCGGUUGUUUGUUAACAGAAUUCCGCUCCGAUGGCAUGAGCUCAUAUCCGUGUGUGUGAACGCACCGUGUGCUGCGACACCCUUCCUGCUGCAACAGAUUUUGAUGGACAUGGAUAAGCCCCUCCCCCUGGACACACAACGCAACUUGCUCCGCCUCUGCACCAUCUACACUCAGAGUCACCUUGGCAGCUGUUCACCUAGCAACCCAGACUCCUCCCACCCUGUCUACACACUCGAGAGCCUGCAGGAGAGAGUGGGCGGGUCCAACCAAUCACCCCACGAAGCCAGAGAAUUGCCAAUGGCUCCGCCCACACAGGAAUUGCAGGAGCAGCUAAGUGCAGAAACAGUUCAGGAAAGAAAUGCAGCUUUACGAGGGUCAGCGUGGAGUGUGUGUACAGAUAAGGUUCCCUGGAAGCAGUACCCUCUGGGGAAGGUUCCGGGUCAGACGGAUGAUCCGUCGUGUCUGAUGGUGGAGACGUACUGCACACUGACGGUGUUCGACCAGCAGGUCAAAGGUCACGGUCACUAUGGUAACCACAGUGUGCCUCUUCAGAACAGAACCGCAUCAGAUGGACCUCUGUGGACUCACAAUGACAUCACCAAGCUCAAAGCUGGACUAAAACUCUUCUAAAACACACACACACGUGUGUAUGCAUGUGUUAUGAAUUUUUCAUAUUAAAUUUUCUGGUGAAUUAA